CUCGGCUUCUUCUCGGCCCCCUCGGCUUCGUCUCAGUCCCCUCGCAAUCGGGGAAGAUGAAGCCCAAGAGGGCUGGGAAUCCCAGUCCGAAGGGUCGGAACGUGUACGUGUCCAACACCAACAUGCACCGCUGGCAGGAGAUCCGCAAGGCUUCGGGCUACCACGCGGAACCGGAGUUCAUCGCCUGGCUCCUGGAUCAAGCCGAGGCUUCCCUCGGGUCUGUUUCGAGUCUCUUCGUUCCCAAUCCUCUGUGA